CUCAGGUCAUCUGCAGCUGCAGCGAGUCUGAGGAGCCGAGCAAGGCAGGGAAGAUGGCGAUCCUCCAUUGCUGAGCCCCGGCAGGAGCACAUGAGACUCCCCAACAACUUCCACAACAAUAACCCGAGCAGGAAGAGGAGAAAGAGAAAGAGAAUAAGGAGGCGGUGGGGCCGGAGAACCCGAACCCCCUCCCGGCGCCGGGACACUUCUUCCGUUCCUAAUGUGAGAAGGUAGGCCCAGAUCAUGGAGGUGCUUCAGUGUGAUGGCUGUGACUUCAGAGCCCCAUCUUAUGAAGAUCUCAAGGCACACAUUCAGGAUGUCCACACGGCAUUUCUGCAGCCAACCGAUGUUGCUGAAGACAAUGCGAACGAGCCACGAUCCGGGUCCAUGAAUGCCAGUAAUCAGACAGAGGUGGAGUAUUCUUCUAUAAAGGACGAAUUUGCGAUCGCAGAGGAUUUAUCAGGUCAAAAUGCAACCGCACUGGGGACCGGAAGCUACUAUGGCCACAGUCCAGGAUAUUACGGUCAGCAUAUUGCCCCUAAUCCCAAACCAACAAACAAGUUUUUUCAAUGCAAGUUCUGCGUCCGCUACUUCAGGUCCAAAAACCUCCUCAUCGAACACACAAGGAAGGUCCACGGAGCCCAAGCUGAAGGGAGCGCGGCAGGACCCCCUGUUCCAGGAUCCUUAAAUUAUAAUAUCAUGAUGCACGAGGGAUUUGGAAAGGUCUUCUCUUGCCAGUUUUGCACAUACAAGUCACCAAGGAGGGCAAGAAUAAUUAAGCAUCAGAAGAUGUAUCACAAAAACAACUUGAAGGAGACUGCGGCUCCCCUCCCUUCCCCUGCUCCAAUGCCAGACCCUGUGGUCCCGCCCGUGGCCCUGCAGGACCCCUGCAAGGAACUGCCGGCGGAGGUCGUGGAGCGCAGCAUCUUGGAGUCCAUGGUCAAGCCUCUGACCAAGUCUCGAGGCAACUUCUGCUGUGAGUGGUGCAGCUACCAGACCCCGCGCCGGGAACGCUGGUGUGACCACAUGAUGAAGAAGCAUCGCAGUAUGGUCAAGAUCCUCUCCAGCCUCCGACAGCAGCAAGAAGGGACUAACCUCUCCGACGUGCCGAACAAAAGCGCCCCCAGCCCCACUUCCAAUUCCACCUAUCUGUCCAUGAACGCUGCAAGCCGGGACAUGCCCAGCGCUAACAUCUCCAACUUCCGGGGCUCCAUCAGUAACUCCAUCAUGAGACCCAAUUCCUCGUCUGCUUCCAAGUUUUCACCCGUGUCUUACCCACAGAUGAAGCCGAAGUCCCCUCACAACUCUGGCCUGGUUAACUUGGCGGAGAGAUCGCGUUAUGGAAUGGCUGAUAUGACCAAUUCCUCGGCCGACCUGGAAACGAACAGCAUGCUGAAUGACUCCAGUUCGGACGAAGAGCUGAACGAAAUAGACAGCGAGAAUGGCUUAAACGCCAUGGAUCACCAGACUUCCGGCAUGUCUGCGGACCAGCUGAUGGGCUCAGAUGGCAACAAAUUGUUGGAGACCAAGGGGAUUCCGUUCAGAAGGUUCAUGAACAGGUUCCAGUGUCCCUUUUGUCCCUUCCUCACUAUGCAUCGACGCAGCAUCUCCCGUCACAUAGAAAACAUUCACUUGUCCGGAAAGACCGCCGUCUACAAAUGUGACGAAUGUCCGUUUACUUGCAAGAGCUCAUUAAAACUCGGGGCUCACAAACAGUGUCACACGGGUACAACGUCAGAUUGGGAUGCUGUGAAUUCCCAGAGCGAGAGCAUUUCUUCUUCGCUGAACGAAGGUGUCGUGUCUUACGAGAGCUCGAGCGUCAACGGGAGGAAGUCGGGGGUCCUGUUGGAUCCCUUGCAGCAGCAACAGCCGCCGCCGCCGCCGCCACCGCCACCGCCACCGCCCCCGUCCCAGCCGCAGCCGCCGCAGCUCCAGCCGCCACACCCGGGGCCGCCGCAGCCCCCGCCGCAGCCCCCGCCGCCGCAGCAGCCGCAGCCGCCCGUGCCAGCCCCGCCCCUGCACCCUUACAAGUGCACCAUGUGCAGUUACUCCACCACGACUCUGAAAGGGCUGCGAGUCCAUCAGCAGCACAAACACUCGUUCUGCGACAACUUGCCAAAAUUCGAGGGGCAGCCCUCAAGCCUGCCACUGGAAAGCGAGACAGACAGCCACCCCUCUUCCAGCAACACUGUGAAGAAAAGUCAGACCUCAAUUCUUGGGUUGUCCUCCAAGAACAAUUUUGUAGCUAAGGCCUCCAGGAAGCUCGCCAAUGACUUUCCCCUCGACUUAUCGCCCGUGAAGAAGAGAACCAGGAUUGAUGAGAUAGCCAGCAACCUGCAGAGCAAGAUUAACCAAACGAAACAGCAGGAGGACACGGUGAUCAACGUGGAGGAUGACGAGGAGGAAGAUGAAGACAAUGAAGUGGAGAUAGAGGUGGAGCUGGACAGGGAGGAGGAGCCGGCGGAGCCAGUCCUGGAGGUGGCCCCUUCCUUCUCGGCCCAGCAGAUUUGGGUGAGGGAUGCCGGGGAGCCCCAGAAGGAGCCCAACUUCAGAAGCAUCACCCACGAUUACAACGCCACCAAUGGCGCGGAGAUUGAGCUCACCCUCUCCGAAGACGAAGAGGAUUACUACGGCUCCUCCACAAACAUGAAAGAUCACCAGGUUUCCAGCGCGGCUCUGCUGAACACCCAGACUCCCAUCUAUGGAGCAGAGCACAGUAGCGAGAACACAGACUUUGGUGACUCUGGAAGGCUUUACUAUUGCAAACACUGUGACUUUAACAACAAAUCUGCCCGGAGCGUCAGCACCCACUACCAGCGAAUGCACCCGUACAUUAAAUUCAGCUUUAGGUACAUCCUGGACCCCAAUGACCACAGUGCGGUAUACAGGUGCCUGGAAUGCUACAUCGAUUACACCAACUUUGAAGACCUGCAGCAGCAUUACGGCGAACACCACCCAGAAGCCAUGAACGUACUCAACUUCGACCAUUCGGACCUGAUCUACCGGUGUCGGUUUUGUUCCUACACGAGCCCGAAUGUCAGAAGCCUGAUGCCGCAUUACCAAAGAAUGCAUCCCACGGUGAAGAUUAACAACGCGAUGAUAUUCUCCAGCUACGUCGUGGAGCAGCAGGAAGGGCUGAAUACGGAAUCCCAGACGCUGAGGGAGAUUCUGAAUUCGGCCCCCAAGAGCAUGGCGACUUCCACUCCCGUGGCUCGCGGUGGCGGUCUGCCAGCGACGUUUAAUAAAAGCACUCCUUCAAAGACCUUUACUCCAGAAUGUGAAAAUCAGAAGGACCCCUCAGUUAACACUGUUGUCGUUUACGAUUGUGACGUUUGCUCGUUCGCAAGCCCCAACAUGCAUUCUGUCUUGGUUCAUUAUCAGAAGAAACACCCUGAAGAAAAGGCUUCCUACUUUAGGAUCCAGAAAACCAUGCGAAUGGUGUCUGUGGACAGGGGCUCUGCCCUUUCUCAAUUAUCAUUUGAGGUGGGUGCUCCAAUGUCUCCCAAAAUGUCCACCAUGGGUUCCCCACCCCCCCCACAACCCCCGCCACCAGACCUCAGUACUGAGCUUUACUACUGCAAACACUGUUCCUACAGCAAUCGGUCAGUUGUGGGAGUGCUUGUCCACUACCAGAAAAGACACCCAGAAAUAAAGGUUACUGCCAAAUAUAUCAGACAGGCUCCUCCCACAGCUGCAAUGAUGAGAGGGUCCGAGGGGCCCCAAGGCUCCCCUCGGCCACCCGCCCCCAUGCAACAGCUGAACCGAAGCAGCUCUGAGAGAGAUGGCCCUCCUGUGGAGAAUGAGAUGUUCUUUUGCCAGCACUGUGAUUACGGGAACCGGACGGUCAAAGGUGUACUCAUUCACUAUCAGAAGAAGCACCGAGACUUCAAGGCCAAUGCAGACGUGAUCCGGCAACACACGGCCACCAUCCGAAGCCUCUGUGACCGCAACCAGAAGAAGACUGCCAGCUGUGUGCUUGUCGCCCCCUCUGCCGUGGAGCGGGACAAAACCAAACUGCGAGCGCUCAAAUGUAGGCAGUGUUCGUAUACCUCCCCCUACUUCUAUGCACUGAGGAAGCAUAUCAAGAAAGAUCACCCUGCCCUGAAGGCCACAGUCACCUCCAUCAUGCGGUGGGCAUUUCUAGACGGCUCGAUAGAAGCUGGCUACCACUGCGAGUGGUGCAUCUAUUCCCACACAGAGCCCAGCGGUUUGCUUCUACAUUACCAAAGGAGGCAUCCAGAACACUACGUUGACUAUACUUACAUGGCUACCAAACUCUGGGCUGGGCCCGACCCAUCCCCUCCCUCUCUCACGAUGCCUGCCGAAGCCAAAACGUACAGAUGCCGAGACUGUGUUUUCGAGGCCAUGUCCAUCUGGGACAUCACCAAUCACUACCAAGCGUUCCAUCCCUGGGCCAUGAACGGUGAUGAGUCGGUGCUGCUAGAUAUCAUCAAGGAGAAAGAUGCCAUCGAGAACCCCAUCCCUCCUUCCGAAGAGCUGGUGGGCCCCAUGAAUUGUGAAAACAGUAUGCCCGCUCCGCUCCCCGAGCAGGACACCGAAUGCCCAGAGGACGCCAGGCUUUCCCCGGAGAAAAGCAUCCAGUUGGCUUCGGCCAACCCCGCCAUAUCGUCCACCCCGUACCAGUGCACGGUGUGCCAGUCCGAGUAUAACAACCUGCAUGGCCUCCUUACCCACUACGGGAAGAAGCACCCCGGCAUGAAGGUGAAGGCUGCCGACUUUGCCCAGGACAUCGACAUCAACCCGGGCGCCGUCUACAAAUGCAGGCAUUGCCCGUACAUCAACACCCGCAUCCACGGCGUCCUGACCCACUACCAGAAGCGACACCCGGCCAUCAAGGUGACCGCCGAGGACUUCGUGCACGACGUGGAGCAGUCCGCUGACAUCACCCAGAACGACGUGGAGGAGACAAGCAGGAUCUUCAAGCAAGGCUACGGCGCCUACCGCUGCAAACUGUGUCCGUACACGCAUGGCACCUUGGAGAAGCUCAAAAUCCACUACGAGAAGUAUCACAAUCAGCCUGAAUUUGAUGUGUUUUCCCAGUCGCCCCCGAAGCUGCCAGUCUCCCUCGAGCCCGAGAUGACCACUGAGGUGAGCCCUUCCCAGGUGUCGGUCACCGAGGAGGAGGUGGGAGAGGAUCCUGUGUCCACGUCUCACUUCUCUACCUCGCACCUGGUCUCCCACACGGUGUUCCGGUGCCAGCUGUGCAAGUACUUCUGCUCCACGAGGAAGGGCAUCGCCAGGCACUACCGCAUCAAGCACAACAACGUGCGAGCCCAGCCGGAGGGCAAGAACAACCUCUUCAAGUGCGCCCUGUGUGCAUACACCAACCCCAUCCGCAAAGGGCUGGCGGCGCACUAUCAGAAGCGCCACGACAUCGACGCCUACUACACCCACUGCCUGGCAGCCUCGAGGACCAUCAGCGACAAGCCCAACAAGGUGAUCAUCCCGUCUCCGCCCAAGGACGACUCCCCGCAGCUCAGCGAAGAGCUCCGGCGGGCUGUGGAGAAGAAGAAGUGCUCCCUGUGCUCCUUCCAGUCCUUCAGCAAGAAGGGCAUCGUGUCCCAUUACAUGAAGCGCCACCCGGGGGUGUUCCCUAAGAAGCAGCACGCCAGCAAGCUGGGCGGCUACUUCACCGCCGUCUAUGCCGACGAGCACGAGAAGCCGCUGCUGAUGGAAGAGGAGGAGAGAGGCAGCUUCGAGAAAGCCGAGGUGGAGGGAGGCGAAGCCCAGGAGAUCGAGUGGCUCCCGUUCCGCUGCGUCAAGUGCUUCAAGCUGUCCUUCAGCACGGCGGAGCUGCUGUGUAUGCAUUACACUGACCACCACAGCCGGGACCUGAAGAGGGACUUCGUCAUUCUGGGCAGCGGCCCCCGCCUGCAGAGCCCCGCCUACCAGUGUAAGCACUGUGAUAGCAAACUGCAAAGCACAGCGGAGCUGACCUCACACUUGAACAUUCACAAUGAGGAAUUCCAGAAGCGUGCCAAACGUCAGGAGAGGAGGAAACAGCUUUUGAGCAAGCAGAAAUAUGCAGAUGGUGCUUUUGCAGAUUUCAAACAAGAGAGGCCUUUUGGUCACUUAGAAGAGGUGCCAAAGAUCAAGGAGAGGAAGGUGGUGGGCUACAAGUGUAAAUUCUGUGUGGAAGUGCACCCGACGCUCCGAGCCAUCUGCAACCAUCUCCGGAAGCACGUCCAGUACGGCAGCGUCCCGGCCGUGUCCGCCGCUGUGAAGGUUGGACCUUCUUCAUCUUACGUGUCUCCACCUGGUCGCGUUUCGAUCUGGUUCCCUUCCACGCGGAUAGUUUGGUGGAAACAGAAGAUCCGGGCCUCUCGCAGGAGGCCGAAGACCCCUCCCACUUGUUCCUGGAUGGAUUGGAAGCAGCCAAAGAUGCUGGCGCCCUCGUGGACCGGGUGGAUGGGGCUGCGUUCUCAUGAGAGGAGCCAUCUGGCCCUGGCCAUGUUUACCCGCGAGGACAAGUACAGCUGCCAGUAUUGCUCCUUUGUUUCCGCUUUCAGGCACAACUUGGAUCGCCAUAUGCAAACCCACCACGGACACCAUAAACCAUUCCGAUGCAAACUCUGCUCCUUCAAGUCCUCCUAUAACAGCCGGCUGAAAACACAUAUACUCAAAGCUCAUGCUGGUGAACAUGCCUACAAGUGUUCUUGGUGCUCGUUUUCCACCAUGACAAUCAGCCAGUUGAAGGAACACUCCCUCAAGGUUCACGGAAAAGCCCUGACCCUCCCCAGGCCGCGGAUUGUCAGUCUGCUCUCCUCGCACGCUCACCACUCCUCCCAGAAAGCUGCCCCUGCCGAAGAAGUGGAAGACUCUAAUGUGUGGGUCUCGAUACAGUCUGCCCAGUGGAGAAGUCUGUGCUGUUACGAUUUAACAGAAAAAUACUCCUCCUACUCAGAACCUCCAGAUGUUCAGCAGCAGUUGAACCACUACCAGUCAGCUGCCCUGGCAAGGAACAACAGCCGUGCCAGCCCCGUGCCUCUCUCUGGGGCCGCCGGGGGCGCUGAGCAGAAAACCGAAGCUGUUCUUCACUGCGAAUUCUGUGAAUUCUCCUCUGGCUACAUCCAGAGCAUCAGACGCCAUUAUAGGGACAAGCAUGGCGGGAAGAAGCUCUUCAAGUGCAAAGACUGCUCCUUUUACACAGGCUUUAAAUCUGCUUUUACUAUGCACGUGGAAGCUGGGCAUUCGGCGGUUCCUGAGGAGGGCCCCAAAGAUCUCCGCUGUCCUCUCUGCCUCUAUCACACCAAAUACAAACGCAACAUGAUCGACCACAUCGUGCUGCACCGAGAAGAGCGCGUCGUCCCCAUUGAGGUGUGCCGUUCCAAACUGUCAAAAUACUUGCAGGGAGUAGUUUUCCGCUGUGAUAAGUGUACCUUCACCUGCUCCAGUGACGAGAGCCUCCAGCAACACAUAGAAAAGCACAAUGAACUGAAACCUUACAAAUGCCAGCUCUGCUACUAUGAGACCAAGCACACGGAGGAGCUGGACAGCCACCUUCGGGACGAGCAUAAGGUGAGCCGUAACUUUGAGCUGGUUGGACGGGUUAACUUGGAUCAGCUGGAACAGAUGAAGGAAAAGAUGGAGAGCUCCAGCAGUGAUGACGAGGACAAGGAAGAAGAAAUGAACAGCAAGGCUGAUGACAGAGAUCUGAUGAGAUUUGCUGACCAUGGGGCUGCUAUUAACACUGAGAAGCGUUUUCCAUGUGAAUUUUGCGGACGGGCAUUCUCACAGGGCUCUGAGUGGGAAAGGCACGUGCUGAGACACGGCAUGGCAUUGAAUGACAUCAAGCAGGUGAGCAGAGAAGAAAUCCACCUGAAAGAGAGUGUGGAGGACAGUAUUAAGAUGCCCUCUAUAGAGGAAAAGGAAGAUGAUGAAGCAAUCGGGAUAGACUUUUCCCUAAAGAGUGAAACAGUAGCCAUCUGUGUAGUAGCUGCUGACAAAUCUCUCCUGGAGAAUGCAGAGGCCAAAAAAGAAUAAGCGUUUGGUGAACUUCUUAAUCAAACCGUACUUGAACCGUGAUAAGAAAGUGGGGAGGGCCAGCUUGGGCUGAGAAGGGUGGGGACAGAAAAGAAGACAGAACAAAGCUGCUUUUUAGGACUGAACAAUCUAUUUUCAAAGCACUGGUACCUGUGUGAGUGAGUAUGUAAAUUAAAGUUAUUUAAUGGUUGGAAUAUGUGGCUCCUUUUCCAUCACUACACCUUUUCUUCUGGAUCUUCAUCAUGGAAGUGUCAUUUGUUGCGGAAUAUGGAAGCACCUCCCAUGCACACGGUGUGCUUUGUGGUGGUCUUGGACAGGAUGUGGAAGCAGAAGCUCCGUGACAGUACAAGACUUCUCUUAGGGGAACAACUUUUUGACGCACAUCUUUCGGUGCGUUUUUCUAGUUUUAAUACCUUAAGCUUUUUCAAGACCUAACUGCAGCCGCUUUGGGAAAAAACAAACAAAAAAAACAAAAACAGAAAACAAAAAACUGCUUUGCAUAAAAACAGUCACCUGUUUCCUAGUACCUCAAACUUAACCAAGGGAAUUCUCUGCAUUUGUCAGUACUACCUGUCGUCGUUGUGGUUAAAUGUAGAGAGAACUGCUGGGCAAGAUGGUGAAUGGAGAAAAAAGAGAGAGUUUUAAAGAAAGGAACACAAAUUGUGCUUAAAAUCCCCACGUGGGUUUUAUUUCUUAAAAUACUGUGAUUUUUUAAUUAUUUUAGUAAAAAACAAAACAAAAAAAAGAAACAGACUUUAAUUAUUAGAUAACUGUUUGUGAAUUGUCAUCCUUUAUUCCAGGUAAGCUGUUUAUUAGUGUUCAACUAUAAUUUAGAAUUUGGUAGAUUCAUGUGAGCUAAUUUUAUGGUGACUGUGGAGUUUUGUUUGCCACGUUUAUUUUCUAUCAAUCUGAGUGUUACAAACACAGCACAAUUCAGUUUUCACAUAAAUUGUUUUUUGUGUGCGUGUUGUUAUUGUUGUUUUAAUUUGGGGGCAAGGGAGUUUUUUGUGAAUAGGAAUGUCUUUAUUUUAAACAUGAAAAUAACAAAGAAGUUAACUUUUUUUUCCCCUUAAUUUAACUAAAGAACCAAACUUUUCGGCACAGCUAUGCAGCUUGUGGGCCAGAUGAGGAAGUCCUCUUCACCCUUUUGUUGCUUGUCAAAUUAACACAUUAUCUGUCUCACACAAAUAAUUUCUUUAGGAUGGGCUGGCUUUUGUGUGUGAUUUAAAAAUCUGUGUUCUGUUUUUGUUUGCAUUGUGUUUUGGGGGAGGGUUUGUUUUCAUUUAUUUUGCGGGACAAGGGGAUGUGCUAGAAUCCCAUCCCUUUGGCGACAGUGGACAAGAAAUACUUAUAUCCUACAAGGAGCCUGGAGAACUACUUUUUUUUUUUUU